GAAGAUCUCAACGAAGAAGAAGACGAUGGUAGUCGCUGUGAAGCCGAAGAUAUGCAGAGUUGGAUGGAUUGGAACGGGCGUCAUGGGUGCCAGCAUGGUCGGCCACAUCCUGAAGCACGGCUAUGAGGUGACGGUGUACAACCGCACGCUGUCCAAGUGCGAGGGUCUCAAGGAGCAGGGCGCGCAGGUCGCCAGCUCCCCUGCUGAGGUGGCCAAAGUUUCCGACAUCGUGUUCGGCAUCGUGGGCUACCCGAGCGACGUGCGCAAGGUGUUCCUGGACCCCGAGUGGGGUGUGCUGUCCUCCAUCAAGUCGGGUGGUGUCAUUGUCGACAUGACCACCAGCGAACCCUCGCUGGCCAAGGAGAUCUACGAGGCUGCCAAGCAGAAGGGUGUCUCGAGUCUGGAUGCCCCCGUGUCGGGCGGCGACGUCGGCGCCCGUGAGGGAACGCUCUCGAUCAUGGUCGGUGGAGAUGCCAACACCGUGGAGUCGACAAUGCCAUUGUUCGAAAUCAUGGGCAAGAACAUUCGCCACAUGGGCGGCGCGGGCGCCGGUCAGCACACCAAGAUGGUGAACCAGAUCCUCAUCGCCACCAACAUGAUCGGCGUUGUCGAAGGCCUUCUGUACGCGCGGAAGAGCGGCCUCGACGUGGAGGAGGCUAUCCGUGCUGUGAGUGCGGGCGCCGCAGGCUCCUGGUCCAUCAGUAACCUCGGACCUCGAAUUGCUAAGCGCAACUUCGACCCUGGCUUCUUCGUGGAGCACUUUGUCAAGGAUAUGGGCAUUGCACUGAAGGAGGCCGAGCGGAUGAACCUGUCGCUGCCUGGGCUCGCCCUUGCCAACCAGCUCUACGUUGCCGUCAAGGCUCAAGGCCACGGUCGCCUCGGAACGCAGUCCCUCAUGCUCGCACUUGAGCAGCUCAACGGCAUCGAUUCAUCGUCCAAGUGAGGAAGCGCUGGCUAAUUGUCCAGAAAGACAUGUUGAAGUCGUCGUCGUAGGAUUUAGCACUAAUUACUACGUAUUAGGCUAAUUUGCACUUAAAACGUCAAGAAGAAAAGUCGCAAUCACUUGUC